AUGCUAUCCUCGGACUUCAACUGCUUAAUGGCGGCCUGGUUCUCGCGCACCAGCUCUCGUAGCCCAAGCAGCUCGCGUCCGACGUGGGAGGCCGACGUGAACUCGGCCUCCAUGGUGGACAGUGACACACCCGUCUGCUUCUUGCACACCCAGUGGACGAUCGCUCCGUCCAUCGUGACCACGCCUCCGGUCACCGACUUCCGGUCGCCCUUGUCGGCCGCGAAGUCCGCUACCGCGCGAUCCGCUUCGCGAGCCUUCAGUCGCUCGUCCGCGGCUGGUGCGUGUGCCUGGUCGCCUUGUGCACCGCGAAGCUGA